GCGAGGCUAGGCUAGGGUUGGGUUUGUUUCCGAUUUCGUCCUGGGCUGGGAAACACACCAAUAUUUUACAGUAAGCUUUCAGCCGUCUUCCAAAUCUUCCACUUACUGUUCAGUUUUCCUAAAAAGCCUGGGAAUUCCGUAACUGCGGGCUAGGAAUUUGCCUAUCUCUGCACUCUGGUCUCUCGAAUUUUGUAAUUUUUCAUUUGAAUCGUGGUUUUGAGGUGACAAUGGCUAGAGGGGUGCCCGAGAAUCCUUCUGAGCAAGGGAUUGCUGAGGCUUCAACUAGCAUGUGCAUUCCGGAACCAGAAGAACCUCAGUGCUCUAUGCGUAAGUGGUAUUUUACAAGACAGGAAAUAGAAGAUCAAUCUCCAUCGCGGAGGGAUGGCAUCAGCCUCAAGAAAGAGUCACAAUUGCGGGAUUCCUAUUGCUCAUUUCUUCAAGCGAUUGGGAUGAAGCUUAAAGUAUCUCAAACGACUAUAGCAUGUGCAAUGAUGUUGUGCCACCGGUUUUACAUGCGUCAAUCUCAUGCUAAGAAUGGUUGGCAGGUAAUUGCAACUGCAAGCUUCUUUCUUGCUUGCAAAGUACGAGACACACCAUGCUUUCUGAAGGAUGUUGUUGUUGUGGCAUAUGAGAUGGUGCACAAAUUGGAUCCUUCUGCCUUACAAAGCAUCAGACAAAGAGAAGUUUUCAAUAAGCAAAAGGAAUUGAUUAUAGUUGGGGAGAGACUUCUUUUGUCCACAAUUGGUUUUGAUCUUGACAUCCAGCUUCCAUACGCAUCACUUGUUGCAGCUUUAAAGAGUUUAAAUAUUCUACCUGACCUUGCUCAGAUGGCGUUGAAUUUUGUUAAUGAUUGUGUCCGAACAUCACUGUGCUUGCAGUACAAGCCCCAUUAUAUUGCAGCUGGUUCAGUGGCUCUUGCUGCCAAAAUUCAAAAAGUGAAAUUACCUACACAGCAGGGAAAAGUUUGGUGGCUUGAGUUUGAUGUUUCGCCGAAGCAGUUAAAUGAGGUCAUUCAGCGGAUGAUGAGGCCAGACAGAAAACAAGCUCUAGCACCUGAAAAUGGGAGAGUCAUUGAAUCUGAAACUAUACCGAGAAAGCAAAGUGGUAUUGAUGAGGAUGGUAGUGCUCAGAUUAAACAAAUCAAAGGAGAAUUGGAUGAUCGGAACUCAAGAUGCAAGACUGAUUCUGUUCAUAAUAACUGUGUUAAGAUUGAUAUUAACCGGAUUAGAGAUGCUAUAAAGAGGAAAAGAUGUGAAAGAAGUGUAAAUAAGAAGGUGGUGCACGCCACAGAUGAUGAGAUAGAUACUGAAGCCUGGAUAGAAAGUGAGCUCGAAAAUGGAGUAGAGCUAGAAGAUACAUCCGCAAAGAAGAAACAAAGGUUGUGAGUUUUUCAUGCCAUUACAGGCACCCUCCUUUGUGUAUUUUCAGAGAGUACUUAAGUUGGCAAUUGGUUCCCCUAAUUUUGUAAGUAUUGAAUGUAUAUUCUUUUAAUUAAUUUUUAAAUAAAUAUAAUUUGGUGCUCGUAUCUGCAUUGGUAGGUUCUAUGUAUUUCUGCUUCAUCUGAUGUAUGAAAUUCAGGUUCAUCUUAGUGACAUCUGUAAUUGUUUAA